GCUGCGCCUGCGCCAGCCUGCAACCCUUUCCGGAAGGAGUUUUGCCCCCGCCCAGGGUGACAUCACAACAUCGAGUUGCCAUGGCGCUGCUGAACAGUCUGGCUUCCUCGCUGGAGUCCCACAGGGGCCGGGACCGCCUGAUCCGGACACUGGGGUAUUGUUGCCAGCUCGUCGGUGGGGUCCUAGUGGAACAGUGUCCCAGCAGGUCUGAACUGGGAAGGCGCUUGCUGGUGGUGUCAGCUCAGCUCAGCCAUUGCAGGACUGUCUUGCGACUCUUUGAUGACCCGGCCAUGUUUGUCUACACUAAGCAAUAUGGCCUGGGGACAGAGGAGGAGGACAUCUUCGUCCGAUGGUUGUCUGUCCUGAGUAACAUGGCUGACCAGCUGUACUAUCCAUGUGAGCAUGUCGCCUGGGCUGCCGAUGCCAAGGUCCUCCAGGUGGACUCUGCUGGGUGGUGGACACUGAGCACAGCCCUCUGGAUUCUCUCUCUGCUCCUUGGAGCUAUAAGGUCUCUGUGGACGGCACUGAAGUUAAGACAGAAGCUGCGGAGCCCCACAGGCACCUUCACCAGCGAGCUGCCCAGGAGCAAGCGGAGGGCCAUGGAGGCAAAGAUGUGGUCAGAGGUUUUAACUCUACUCAGCAACCUGGCUGACCUGGCCAACGCUGUGCACUGGCUGCCCCCAGGUCUCUUGUGGGCUGGCCGCUUCCCUCCUUGGCUGGUGGGCCUCAUGGGUACCAUCUCCUCCCUCCUCAGCAUGUAUCAGGCUGCCAGGGCUAGCAGCACAGCCGAGGCAGACAGCUCUUGAUGAGGCCCUGGAGUGGCAGGUGGAGGACACUGUGGGGCUCAACAGAGGGCUCAGAUUCCCAGAGUGGGAACCACUGGCCAGGGGUGCAUCCAUAAUCGUGUUCCCCAGUAACUGUCCCUGUGUGGGAAGGAAAAGGGCUGAUAGAUCUUAGGUCCCAGCAGGGCUUCAUGGGAAAUCUGCUCCUUUGGGGAGUGGGGGGGCCACAUGAGGAGGACCCCAGGACUCUCAGAAUCAAAGCCAGGCUUGCAAAGUCCCAGGAGUACCAGGAGUACCCCACUUGCUGGCUUACCUGAGGGUGAGUGGGAGACAUGCCAUGCCUUGGGUUGGGCACUGGGGAAGCUGGAAUACUGGAAUGCCUAUUAAAUAUCUUGGUAUGGUGCCAGUC